AUGAAGAGACUCAAAUCGGAACUGUCGGUUGCUGAAAUUACUACUAUUGAUUAUCACUUAUCCAAAAAGCUUAAAUCGGAAAAUACAACAAGUGUAGAACAAGAAGAAGAGGAACAAGAAUUAGUAAAACUAAUAUUAUCCGAUAAUUUAUUGGAAAUUCCGCAAGGCUUGAAAGAUCAACUCGGAAGAAACAAGGUUAAAGUACUUCAUAUUAAUUUCCAUAAAAUAGAUACAAUCCCAAAACUUGCUAAUAUUACAUAUAUUACUACUGUUACAACUAAUCAAUUAAAUAAUUUAAUAAUUGCCGUAACUACCCAAAAACAAUGUUAUGUAUUUGAUUCAGAAUGUAAAUCAUGGAAACUUAAAUUUGAAUUACCUUCAUUUAAUUCUGUGCAGAUUGAUAGUCAAUUUGAGAAUGUUUAUAUUGGAAGAAAUAAUACCAUUAAGAAAUAUAAAAUAUUAGAUCAUGUAACAGAUUAUUCAAAAGAAUCUCCUAUUUGGGAAAAAAAGAUUAAUGCAAAGUAUAAAAUGAAUUGUGCUAAAUUAACGAAUGAAAUGUAUCUCAUACAAUUUAAUUCAAUAUAUGUAAUGGAUUUAUUGAAUGGAUCAAAAAAAAGAGAAAUUGAUUUAAAUCAAUCAAAUUAUAAUGUUAUUGAUGUAUUAUAUGUGGAUGAAAAGGAGGGACAGCUUUAUCUCUUAUUUGAAGAAAUAGCUGAUAGUGAUGACGAUAGUGACGAUGUGGAUGAACAAUAUCUUUUAAUCUUGAAGGAUGAAAGAUCUGGAAUUGAAAUUAAAAUUGACACAUUUUAUGAAAAAGUUGUAUCAAUAAUUCCGUAUUAUGAAAAUUAUGUCAUUUGCUUGAUAAAUACGGGGGAAGCUUAUUUAUAUGAAAAGAAAACAACUAAUUUGUUACAUACUUUUACUGUUUCUGACAAUUUACAUGCUGCUCAUUUUGAUAAUAUUUUCAAAAGGUUUUACUUUUCUGCUUCACGUGCUGAUAGUCACAUUUCUGUUGUACAACCUAUUAUUGCAACCAGGGUUGAAAAUGUGCCACUCACAAGGGAAAUAUGUCUUUCUCUUGCAAAAUUGAAUGUUGAAUUUCCCUCAUUAAUAAUAAGAGAAUAUGGCGAGAAUUUGAUGCCAGAAUGUUUGCAAUUUUUAAACGAUAUUGACUUUAGAAAUAAGAAGUUGUGGUUUCUUGAUAAUGAAAUUGCUAAAUACUUUGAAUUUCAAUUUGACUUUGAAAAUGAAAUUCCAGAUGGACAUGAUGAUGUUGUAAUCGGAGGAAGUAGUGAAGAAUUGGAGAGUGACAAAUAUCAAGCUUGCCUCCAUGUAAGAAAAUCAGAAGUUUCAAAUAAUUAUGAUUUUCCAGUUUAUUUACUUUACAAAGAAUCACUCAAUGACGAUUUUCUGAAAACAAAGAGAUUAUCGUUUUCAGAAUUCAUUUCAAAAUUGAAAUUAUCUGAGUGCAUUGUCAUUAAGCAUUCAACAUAUCUAAUUAACUUUGAAAUGAUUUAUGAAGAAUUGACUCAAAAAUCAAUCAUUCAUCCGAAAACCAAACUUAUUGAUAAUAAUAUCCUUGUGGAGAAGUAUAAGAAAAUGAUGUGUGGAGUUGACCAAGAGGAUUACUUUGGAUUAGCACGAAAAUUUAACAACUCAACAAUCAAAUUUGAUAAUACUCUAUUUCUAAAGAUGGAUUUGGUUGCCUUGGCCAUAGAUUGUUGUUCUGCAAUUUCAUUUGUAAAAACCGAAUAA